GGAAUUUUCCUGAAAUAGAACGCAGUCGGAGGAGGGCUGUGGGGAUUUAAGGGUAGCGGCGGGUGCUACAGGCUGCGAACUCCAGUUUGAUUGGCAGAUGAAGAUGAGGAGCUGCGUUCUGCUGGUGCUGGUUCUCCACUGUCUGGGAGGUUUAGGCCUUCCUCUGUUUGAACUGAGUUCUAAAGCAGACGAGGCGCUGAGGAUGGCCCUGGAUGAGAUCAACGCUCGUUACGCUCGGCUUAACCUCUACAGGGUGUCCAAGGCUUCUGUCACAAGAGUUGUUCCAUUGGGGACAAACACGUAUGAUAUGAUGCUGAAAUUCGGGAUAAGGGAGACGGAAUGCCGUAUAGGCUCUGGGAUCGAUCCUCAAGGCUGUGCGUACCGUAGAGGCUUCUUCGUGUUGGAGGCAGGCUGCCACCUCCGAACACGUUUGUCUGAGAGACUCACUAAGAUUAUUUUACUUAAAUGCAGUCCGGCACAGAGUUCUAGCUCCGAGUCCAGUGAAGAGGUGUGGACCGGAUGGCACUAUGAUCCAAAUCGCCUUGGACGUAGAGACACUGUACCUCCGACUGUGAUUCCAAGCUCUGAUCCUGGACGCCGUGGCGACAUCACCGUUCGUGAAGAUUAUAUGAGCAACCAUCUGGAAUAACCACAGCCAUCUUUUUUUUAAAACAGUAAAAAAUGAGGAAAA